AAGCCGGCUUUGGAGAGCCCGCUGCGGCGGCGGCAACAUGGCGGACGUGCUAAGUGUCGGAGUGAACCUGGAGGCCUUUGCUCAGGCCAUCAGUGCCAUCCAGGCGUUGCGUUCCAGCGUGAGCAGGGUGUUCGACUGCCUGAAGGAUGGCAUGCGGAACAAGGAGACGCUGGAGGGCCGGGAGAAGGCCUUCAUUGCGCACUUCCAGGACAACUUGCAUUCGGUCAACCGGGACCUCAAUGAGCUGGAGCGUCUGAGCAAUUUGGUAGGCAAGCCAUCUGAGAACCAUCCUCUCCAUAACAGUGGGCUGUUAAGCCUGGAUCCUGUGCAGGACAAAACUCCUCUCUAUAGCCAACUCCUUCAAGCGUAUAAAUGGUCAAACAAGUUGCAGUACCACGCGGGCCUGGCGUCUGGCCUUUUGAACCAGCAGUCGCUGAAACGUUCUGCUAACCAGAUGGGGGUGUCCGCCAAGCGCAGACCAAAGGCCCAGCCCACCACGCUCGUCCUGCCGCCUCAGUACGUUGAUGAUGUGAUCAGCCGCAUCGACAGGAUGUUUCCUGAAAUGUCCAUCCACUUAUCCAGGCCCAAUGGAACAUCAGCAAUGCUUCUGGUGACCUUGGGAAAGGUGUUGAAAGUGAUUGUCGUCAUGCGGAGCCUGUUCAUUGAUCGAACAAUAGUUAAGGGAUAUAAUGAAAAUGUCUACACGGAAGAUGGCAAGCUUGAUAUAUGGUCCAAAUCCAACUAUCAAGUUUUCCAGAAGGUGACAGACCACGCCACCACCGCCCUGCUCCACUAUCAGCUGCCCCAGAUGCCAGACGUCGUGGUCAGAUCCUUCAUGGUUGGCCGCUCCCUGUCAUUAGUGCUGGAAGAGACAAACCUUAGAGUUCACGAGCACAUCCAGCAAAGGCUAAGUUGCUCUAGUGCAGAGGCCCCAAAAUACAGUGGCUUAAAGAACGUAGACCCUUCUCGGGGGCGCCUGGAUGGCUCAGUCGGUUAGGCGUCCGACUUCGGCUCAGGUCAUGAUCUCGCGGUUCGUGGGUUCGAGCCCCGCGUCGGGCUCUGUGCUGACAACUUGGAGACUGUUUCAGAUUCUGUGUCUCCCUCUCUCUCUGCCCCUCCCCCACUCACGCUCUGUCUCCCUCUGUCUCAAAAAUAAAAAUAAACAUUAAAAACAAAAGAUUUUAAAAAAAUGUGGACACUGCUCUUGCCCUGAACCCCCAAGGGGAGGCGGUUCCGAUUAAAGGACUGUUCCGCUGGGUGCAGCCACUCAGCGAUCCUGUUCCUCCUACCCUAUCGCCCUACCGCCUGGCCUAGGACGCGGUCUGCAUGGUGGCAGCUGGGCCACUGGCCCCUUCCAAGUUCACUACAAGGGAAGGAUACGUGGGAACACGUGCCCAAUGUUGUAAGACCCAGACCCAGCACUGGCACGUGUCAUUUCCGCUUGAACUUCAUUAGUAAGAACUCAGUCACAUGGCAGACCCAGCUGCAAGGGCCCCUGGGAAAUGUGGUCUCUAACUGGGCGGCCGUGGGUCCGGCAGAAACUCUCUCUGAAGGGAAGCAAGCCUGUUCUGGUGGAUGGUCAGCAGCCUGUCCCGAACCUCUUCCUGCCUCGGGAGUGACACUGCCCUCGGGGUCCCGUUUGUUUUAUUUGCUUUGUCCUGAGUUUUGGGUUGCGAUGGCCUUCCAGUGUCCGAUGGCCACAGCUUAGACCAUGAGUCUCCUGUUGGCCUCCUGUAGCUUUUUAUUUUUCAGUAAUUGUACGUUCAGGGGAAGUUGCAAAGAUCUGUACGGGAGGGCCCGUGUGCCCUUCGCCAGCCACCCCCCACCCCUCCCCGGUGUUCACAUCUACAGUAGCUGACGUUGGUGCAGUGCCCAGAGUUCAUCCAGACGUCACCAGCUCCACACACCUUGUGUGUGUCUGUGUGUAGCCCUCUGCCCUGGUGCCGCUUUGUGGAACCACCGCCACGGUCCAGACCCCCUCGUCCUACCCCUUUCUAGCCAUGCACGCCUCCUCUCCCCAUCCCUGUCCCCAGGCAGCCACCGAUCCGUUCCCCAUCUCCGUGACCGUCUUGGUCACCUGGCGUCACAUGCCUGGAAUCAUGCACCGCGUCUCCUCCUGAGGUUGCCUUUUGUCUCUCAGCCUCAUCUCCUUGUGGCUCACCCAGGUCAUUGUGCAUAUCAGCCAACCACUCUUCUUCAUCGCUAAGGAAUAUGCCAUGCCGUGUGUCACCACACCUCGACCGUUUAUCCACGCGGGGACGUUGGGAGCCUCCGGCUUGCAGCUCUUCGGGGUAAAGCUGCCGGGAGCAUUGUGCGCACGUGUCUGCGUGGAAGUGGACACCUGUGAGGACGAUCGCUGGGCCACCCCAUAAGUCCAGUUUUAGCUCUAAAGGAACUGCCAAACCAUCUUCCAGAGUGGCUGUGCCACUUGACUUCCCCGCCAGCAGUCUGAGGGAUCCGGCUUCUCCACAUCACCACCGGCAUCUGGCGUCGGCGCCACUUCCUGUUUUAGCCACUGGACAGGUGUGAGGCACCAGCUCAGUGUGCUUUUUAUUUGCAAACCUCCCCCCCGGCCCCCCACCCCCAAAUAGCUAACGCUGCUGAGGAGCCGGUCGUGGGCCUGUUUAUUUACCAUGUGUGUAUCAGCCCAGGUGAAAGGUCUGUGCAUGUGUUUUGCCCAUUUUCCACUUGGAUGAUCUUUUACUGUUGAGCGUUGGGAGUUCCUCUUACAUUCUAGGUGCGGAUCCUGUGUCGGUCAUGUGACGUGCAUGUAUUUUCUCCCGGGCUGUAGCUUGCCUUUCAUCCUCUUAAGGGGAUCUUUCACAGAGCACACAUAUUCACUUCUUAUGAGGUCCCGUUUGUCCGUUUUUUCCACUUACGCAUCAUGCCUUUGGUGUCAAGUCUAACUUGUUUGGGUUUUAGGGGACCAGCAUUCUGCCGUUAGGAACGUUGUUGCCGCCUCUGUGUCCCACCCCACUCCUCCUCUUCUUUCUUCUCCUUCUCCCUCUCACUCUCCCUCUGUCUUGACUUACAGCCCCGUGUAGAUCUCCGAUCUUGAUCUUGGCAGCGAUCUUGAUCUCCGAUCUUGGCAGCGACCUUAGCUGCCUUUUGUUUCAGCCUGUGCACUUGAUGGGCCGUCAGAGCGUCCAAGGCCUGGAGACCCGUCCUCACUCACCCGGCAGGUGAGCGACGGCGAGGACCACAGCCAAGCGGCCCUCAGCCCACGCCUUUUCCACUUCCCCGACACUUCUUGGGACACCACUUGGCCUACCGUGUCAGGGUGAAAUAGAUCCCGCUGGGGCACAGGUUAUGAAAGCGUUGGCAGUGACAGCCCAGUAGCAGUGCUCAGGGAAGCGUCUCUGUCAGGGGCAGUCUGAUACCAGGGGAGCUCCGGCCCUCCCUGUCCCGGAAGACAGGCGGUUCGUGCCUGUGGUCGGAUGCGUGGCAGUGUGCCGAGUCCUGACGCUUAAGCAAGCGUGUGUGAGGCGACUGGAGGGAAUCCGGGAGGGCUUCCUGGGGGAGAUUCCCCACACACAGCUCCCAGCCUCUUGGACCGCCAGGCCACCCGGAGAGCCCACACUGACGGCUGUGCCUUGGGAGGGGGAAAGGAGGGCACAGGGUCUGUUGGAUGUGGAAGCCGUUUACACCAGCUGACUUCCCCCCUUCCCCUCCUGCCCUCAGCGCCUGCUCCAGGACCCCAGGGAGGGGUGGAGCACCAGCCCACAGACUGCGGUGGGCCCGUGCUCAAGACAGGGGCUGUCCUCACCCGUCAGCUGGGCCUCAUGCUUCCUGUCACCUUCCUCUGGGAGGACACCAUCCUCAAACAUGGAAGGGGCGGGGGGCCCUGGGCCUGGAGUGGAAAGAGCCUCCAGAACAGGAUCCUUUCCCUCCCGGGAGCGCCAGCGAGUUCCCCGCCCCCGGCCUCUGGAUUGUUCUUCUCAGCCCAGACAUUCUUUCUCCCGAAAGCCACACGGCGCUCGCGCAUGCUCGCGCACUUUCUCUCUCUUCCCGAUCGCUAAGCCGAUGCCCGUCCAAACCAUCUCCUGCCCCAGAGCACCCGACAGACCACAUUUCCUGGCCCCCCUGCGUCUAAGCGGGGCUGCGGGGUGUGCACCCCAGUUUUGUGUCCCUUUCAGAGGUGGCCGAAAGAAGGCCUGCGUUUGCCCUCCUCUCUCUGCCUUUUCUGAGGCGGCAUCAGAAGUGACACGCGGCGACGGAGCAAGAUGGAAAGAUCCCGGAUCCCCGGGUCCGGACCCACAGAAGAGCUGGCUGCCCGGGUGAGCCUCCCCGCCAGGAGCCCCCACGGUGGGUUUUGUGUGAGCGAAGUAAACGUUCAAACCUUUUAUUCUGGCAAAUCACCGAGAUUUAGGUUUGUUUUUUUCUCAAAUAACUGCCGGAGUCGUUUACCCCACACAUCAUGUAAAUACCCUGGAAACGGGCCACAGAUAGGAAGUGUUCGAUGGGUGGCAAAGAUUACCGUGUCUACGGCUACCGUAUCUGUUAGCUUGAGUCCAAAUCGUCUUCUGCUUCGAUUUGAAGGGGACCACGGAAAAUGUCACCCGGGCUUGCUCCCUUCCUUCUCCGGGGAGAGUCACCCUACAGGGCAGGCGUCCCCCGACCGCUCGCUGUGGGAGUGAUCCCCAUCCCUUCCCGCCCCCUUCCUCGUUUCUUCCGAGCAGCCCUCGCGUUGGAUGCCGUCAGCCGCGCCCUCUUGACACCCACGAGAGUGUCAGCUCCCGGAAGGCAGGGACUGCGUCUGUCCGGGGCACUGGUCUGUCCCCUCGCACAGCGCGGGCGCUCAGUAACCUUUGCCAGAUGUUGACGAGAGAAAGAAAGCCGGGCUCGGGUUUCUGCUCUGCCCCUAGACAGGCGACCGUGGGCCAGUUACGUGGUCCCCGUGAGCUUGGAUUCAUCUGGGAAUCGGGCCAGUCGUUUGGCCGGGCAGGCGCACGAGUCCUGUGAAGGACCACGCCAGGUAUUUAUUGUGCGCCUACUGCAUACCGGUGCUUGUCGCCGGGAUACGGUUCGCACGUCGAAUGGGAGAGGGCCGGACGGCACAGGCAGCCUUGUCAGCGACUCCAGUGCAGGCACGAGCGUGGAUGCUGGGGGCGUAGUCGUCCGUGGGGGGCCUGUUCCGUCUCCUGCCUCUCUGACCCCCUCCCGUCUCUCGUUCCCACAAAGAUGAGAUUCCGAGAAGAAUCCAGAGAUUUGAUGGCAAUGCCGUGGGGUGGCCUGCCCUCUGCAGACACUGCGGAACGGCCUCAGCGGUACGUCGGGACCUUCUCGUAAUCUUCAGCACGAGAGAUGUAAGACCCCGUCUCAGGAGUGGAAGUGUUCUGAAGAGAAUGUCAGGCUCACAGGACACCGCCCCAUUUCCCAGUCCUAUCUGCGUUUCUGCGAAUGCGCCGCACCUCCCUGCCUUGAUUAGGACGGGGCCCCUCUUUUGCCGUGGCCUUUUGAUAUUUGACUUUGCACUCGAUGCCCCUAAAGCUAAUAGGAGCUGGCCUUUCAUUUCCAAAGGGUAGUUGGUCAAAUUAAUGAUCGCCAAAAGGCCAUAGUUAAUUUGCUGUCCUUCCUGUUUCUUUCCAUUAGUUUGCAAACCGGCAAAGUUCAGGAAAACUUGGGAGCAUAAAAGAGUAGGGAGCUAAUGAGGAAGCUGGCGGGUAGUUCUAGAUUUUUCCAAAGACUUGGGGGCCAUAGCCAAGGGAUGGUCGUGAGAUUGCACCAGCGAGAGAAACCAGCUCCCCGCGCGGCCGAGUCCUGGCCGUGGGCCCGCAGAGCCCCGGACAGCCUUUGAGUGGGUGCGUGUGUGACGCCGUGUAACUUGUCUUCCGCCCUCCGUGAGGGAUCCCAGGCCACACCCUCUGCCCCCGGCUCCAAGGCACCUUGCUCGCUCCGCAGGGGGAAGGGCUGAGGGCUCCGGGGAACAAGAGCAGCCUGCCUCCUUUCUCAGAAUAUAAAUACCGAUGAUCCGAACCUAGCCUGUAGUCGUCCAGAGCAAAGGGCUUUCACUAGCAUUUCCAGCUAAGCUGCAAAACACAUCGAACCGCUCCUCGAGGCAGAGAGGCCGGGGGUUCUGCAGCCCGAUGCCUCGGUGCCCCAAGGCCACCAGGCACGUGUCAGCCAUGCCGUCCCGUCACGAGCCGUGUCUGUGAACGGCACCCGCCCUGCGGGAGCACACGAUGCCAAGAAUCCAGACGCCUUGGUGGCGUCACCCUUCUUGGGAUAAAAUGAACGUCACCUUGCCCCUGGAGAACGACCCCUCACCCCCUCCUCAGUCCACGUGCUUCAGUUAGAGCCCUGGCCAUUCUUAGCCCCAGGCCCGCCCCUCCACACACAGACACACGCUUGUCAGUGCUGAACACCCUGCCAGUGGGCAGAGAACCAUUUAAAGGGCCCCCCGAUCCAUCUUCUAGACCAGGCGAUGAAGGACGAACUCGGAACCAAGCGGCAGUAAGCUGGUGGCUGGCAAAAGGAGGCACCGUGUUAAGUGCCUCUGCGGUAUUGCAAAGGAUCUUCCGUUCCCAGCCUGGGCUCGAUCUUUGCCCGGAGGCCAGGUUUUCCAUUGGAGAUUCCUUUGCCAUCUGGAGAAGCCGGGAAUGAGAAAACGGUUUUAUUUUCAAACCCGGCAAGUUACGGCUCUUUUGCAUUUUCCUUUCAAUUAAAAAUGGAAAAGUUUCCUUUUUAACCCA